AUAACAACAAACCCCAGUGCAAAACGCUGUCCUUCAUUACACAAAGACAUGUUGACCUAUAUACACACACGCUGGAAUGGAAAAGAAUAUGAGUUAAAUCAGUAAGGUCCUGUUUGCAUGGAAGAACAAUGAGCUGUUCACUAUUGUUACGGUUACACCCAGGGAAACUCCACAGAGCUCUGCUGCCCCUGUGCUGUCCCCCUGCACUGCGAGCUCUCAGCUCUGUAUCUAUCAGCCGCAGCUUAAAGGAAAGCUAUCGUCUCCUGCAAUUGCCUGACGAUGGAGCCAGCAGCCCGGCAGAAGUGAAGGAAGCUUACCUGUGCCUGGCCAAGCUGUACCAUCCAGAUUCUGGAGCUCCCACCGCAGAUGCAGCUUUAUUCUCCCAAAUAGAGGAGGCCUAUAGGGCCGUGCUAUCCCAUCUCGGUCAGCAAAGAUCAGACUCACAGUACACUCAAAUGCAUGAGGAAGAAGAGGAAGAUAAAAUGAAAAAUCAAGCCCCUCAACACAGACACUACCUCAGUUUUGAAGGUGUGGGGUCAGGCACUCCCAGCCAGCGGGAGCGGCAAUACCAGCAGUUCCGCGUAGACCGUGCUACCGACCAGGUCCUGGAGUAUCGACGAAAGGAGAUGGAGCUGGCGGCAGCUGAAGAGGGAGCUAUGGUGAUCCGGGAUGCACGAUUACGCAGCAAGCAGAUCAAAAUCACCCAGGCGCUGGAUAGGCUGGUGGAGGACCUAAUCCAGGAGUCAAUGGCCCGUGGGGACUUUCAGAAUCUCCCUGGCACUGGCAAACCGCUCAACAAGUUUGACCAUAACCCAUACAUGGAUCCUAUGACUCACAAUCUCAACAGAAUCCUCAUCGACAACGGUUACCAGCCUGAGUGGAUUGUGUUACAGAAGGAGAUUAGGGAAACCAUCAGAAAAAUAAGAGAGAGUUUGCAGAAUGUCAGGGCCAGAUUAGGGGAUCCCAUGAGCCACUCAGAAAAUAUUCAAUGGAAGGAUCAUUGUGAUGUGUUUGCAGAUGAACUGGGGAAACUCAACAAGAAAGUGGACAACUUUAACCUGAUUGUGCCUCUAAUGAGUAGGCAGAUGGUGCAUUUUAGCUUGAAAAGAGAGGUGGAGAAUAUACUGAAAACCGAUGAGCUAAUCAGGCAGGAGAGGGAUAAAAAAAAAGAAAGAAAGCAAAAGGAGGGGAUGGAGAUGGCAAGAACAACUGACCACACCAGACAAGGACUUAUCACAUGGAUACAUAAUCUUCUCAAAUGAGAUGGUAUUGAUCUAAAAAUUUGGUGGUAGUUGAAUCUUUUACAAAAAGUCAUAUUGCACAUCAAAAUAAAAAGAAAUCAUUAAACUCAAAACCUGUUAAUAGUUCUAAAAAUAGGUUUCAUUUUCUUAAUGUUUUGUCUUCUUUUGACUUGGAGGAGAAUUAUGACCUGGACAUGUUCUUGACAGACAGUGUGAGAUUCACUCUGGUACUGAAGAGGAAUGCUCUAAUUCUCUGAUGUUUGCACAAAAUC